AUGAAUUCAAAGUUUACAGGCGAUCAUGGCUCUAGUUCUCCCACUCAUAGUGGAAACCAUCUUGGUGAAUCCUCUCACAAGAAGAAAGGCAGGAGUAAUUAUGAGCCGUCCUAUAAAGGCGAGCAGGACUGGCGUCCUGCUGACUAUAAGCUCCUCGCUGAUGAUGAAGAGGAGAAAUUAAGAAAACAGAAGGAAAUCAAUUCCAAACUUAACGAUGACUUUAAGAGGAGACAAGCAAGAUAUCUCAAACGAGAGCAGGAAUAUAGAAGGCAUAUUGAAGACCUUCAGAGAGAACUCAGGAUUAGACUUGGCUAUGAAGUUGACGCUACUGAUAAGAACUUUAAAGUAAUCCAGGCUCUUCGUGACGAACUCCACUCAAAUAUUGAUGGAAUUCAGGACAAAAUUCAGAACUUAAAGGAAGAGCAGGAGAAUGAUAUUGUACGGAAAUUUACUGUCAACAAGCUCAAGGUAGAAAUUGAGAAUAGUAAAAACACCAAAGGGAUGUCUAAAGAAGAGCUUAAAGACAGAGAGAACCAAUUAAACCAGCACUUAGAAGUCAUCACCAAUAUCGCACAGAGAAUCGAAAACGAGAACAGAACUUUGAUGAAGAAGAACUCUGAGUUACGUAAGGAAUACCAGAACCAAGAGAAUGACAGAGAACUUCUCCUCAAGCAGCUUGUCAUGCUCAAGAAAGAAAAUGGGAAAAUCAAGGAAGAAAUCGACUACUACGACAAAAUUAUUGAAGAAAAGAAAGAAGAUGAUGGAGAACAGAUUGAUCUCGAUCGCUCCCCAUCCAAAUCCUCAAUGUCUAAAAAGAAAGGAAAGAACCUCAUGAAUUCCAGAAAGAAGAACUCAAAGAGGAAUAUUACCAAUGCAGAGAGUCUUAGGCAGAGCUCUGGGAUGGGGCAUAUUGGUCAGAAGACUAUCGGAGAGAACUUCGCAGCGUCUUUUGGACCAGGCCCACAAGAAAGUGAGGAGGAUAAAAUCCAUAGAUAUGAAAGGAUCAUCGAGAAAUUAAAGAAAAAUCUUGAAUUUGAAAGAAAAAAUUUAAAAGGAGCAAGGAAUCAGUAUCAAUCUGAAAUGAACAUGAAAACUGAGCUUGAAGAAAUGCUUAAAGAGUGAGUUCAGCAGGUUCAGAAGGAGAUCAAGAAAAGGAACAGAGAUCCUAAGACUGCAGCUAUUAAUAAGAUACAAAAGAAAGGCAAGAAGCUAAAUGCCAUUGAUAACAUUGAGUUCACCGACCAUGAUAGGGAUAGAGUAAUUGAGCUACUUCUCUCACAAGAAAGAGUACUCCAUCUUCUGUAUGAAAAGACCUUCCCUAGCGAUGAGAAGCAAGAAGUCCAAGAAGAAGAGCCAGUUAUUAGAGACGAAGAUCCUGAAGGCGGCUUUGAAGAGGAAGACCAAGAGGAAAAUGAAGAAGAAAAUAUUGAAGAAAUUUCCAAAAAGCAGGAAUUAUAG